AACAAUCCCCGCUGCUCAACUAAUCAUAGACCAUCUCCCAAAUGGCAGACAACCCAGUCUUACAGGCGCUCCAGACCCUUUAUCACGAUCCGGAUACCGCAGCGAAGAGGAGAGCAAAUGAAUGGCUCCAAGAAUUUCAACAUAGUACUGAAGCAUGGCAGACUGCACAUGUUCUACUCAACGCCCCUGAUUCGCCAUUAGAAGGGAGGUUAUUCUCUGCUCAGACAUUGCGUGCCAAAAUCACAUACGACCUCUCCCAACUCCCACGCGAAUCCCUACCACCCCUCCGCGACUCCCUGCUUAACAUCCUCCUACCCCUCUCCUCCUCUUCUGCCCCGACCGGCUCCAAAGCUGUCCUUCUUCAACUAUGUCUCGCCAUCUCCGACCUUGCUCUCCAAAUGCCCGAAUGGGAAAAUGUCGUACCCAACAUGAUUGAGAGGUUUGGGACGGACCCAGGGACGGUGACAGUGUUACUGUUGUUUUUGAAGACAUUGCCGGAGGAAGCGACGAAUCCGAGGAUACCGCUCGCGCAAGAUGAGGCGAGGGCGAUUCUGAAUCGGUUGGUUAGUGGCUCGGCGGGGAGGGUCUUGGAGGUCUUGACAAUGUAUAUCCAAGCCGAGGGCGUGACAACGUCUAUCCAAAUAUCCGUAUUCGAAGCUCUCCGAAGCUGGCUUCAAGCCGGCGAAGUGACCGCUUCCCAAGUCGCCGCAACCCCCCUCUUCUCGGCCGCUCUCUCCGCCCUCGCUUCUGAUCAGCUAUUCGACGCUGCUGUUGACGUCCUGUGUGAUCUCAUCCAUGAAACUCAGGAAUUAAACGACAAUAUGACUGUCGUCCAAGAAAUUAUUCCGAGGGUGAUUGCUUUACGGGGAGAAGUGGAGAGGUAUAAGGAUGACCCGGAUAGGGUGAGGGGAUACUGUAGGAUACUCUGUGAGGCGGGAGAGUGUUAUCAAAGCCUAAUCGUCCAGCACCCAGGGGACUUGUUACCCCUCGUCCAAGCUAUCGCCGAAUGCGCCGCCUACCCUGACCUCGAUAUUGUACCCAUCACAUUUUACUUCUGGUACGCCCUCUCCGAAUCUCUCGAACGUCAAGAAAACUUCUCCCAAAAUCCUGCUUACUCACCCAUUCUCUCCAUCUUCUCCGACCUCCAAUCCAUCAUCAUUUCUCACCUCCACUUCCCGCCCGACGACGAACAACAAACCGCGCAAGAACGCGAUGAAUUCCGUACAUUCCGACACCGGAUGGGCGAUACCCUCAAAGACUGCUGCCACGUCCUCGGCGCCACAGUAUGCCUCAAAAAAUCAUACGACCUCAUCCUCUCCGCGCUCUCUCAACCAUCCCCCUCAUGGCAAGCGAUCGAAGCACCCCUCUUCUCCAUGCGAUCCAUGGGUGCCGAAGUGGAUCCUAACGACGAUGAAGUCCUCCCACACAUCAUGGCCCUCCUUCCAACCCUCCCGCAACAUCCUAAAAUCAGGUAUGCGUCCAUCCUUGUCAUCUCUCGCUACUCACCAUGGCUCAACCGACACCCCGAACAUCUCACAUUCACCUUAUCCUACGUGUCGGCAGGGUUUGAAAUGGCGGACGAACAAGUUUCCGCCGCGGCAGCCCAUGCGAUGAAGUUUAUCUGCCAAGACUGCACGACUCAUCUUGUCCCCUUUUUGCCCCAGCUCCACACGUUUAUGGAGAGUAUAGGCGAGAGGCUGGGGCAAGAGGAUGUGGUGGAAGUCUGCGAAGCCAUCGCGUACAUUAUCGACGGUAUGCUCCCUGCUGAAGCAGCUUCUGCGCUUUUGCAAUUCUGUUCCCCCCUCAUCACCCGUAUCCAAACUCUCCUCUCGCUCUCCCCCUCUGCUCCCACCUCCUCGGUAUCAGUGUCGGAGGGUGACCUCGAAAAAGUCUCAGACACCCUUGAACAAAUAGAUGCAUACCUGUCUAUCGUCCGUACCCUCUCCCCAUUCCCUCCUUCAUGCUACUCAACCGCUGAAAGGGUAUAUGCGAUAUUGGAUGUGUUGUUGGAGAAUUUUGGAGGGGUGUAUCAUGUCUCGGAGAAGGUGGGGUCUGUAUUGAGGAGAGGUUUGAUUUUUUUCCCGGCUGAGGUGCUUGUCGGGGCUGGGGCCGGAGCUGAAGGCGAAAGCGGAGGGAGAAGAGGGGAAGAAGGAGGAAUGGUGUCCCAACUGAUCAAGCGGAUGCAAACAAGCUUUGAAGAAACGGGGUACGCUAGUUAUUUAUGGAUAAUGGGUAAAGUGGUAGACAAAUUUGGCGAUAUGGUCCUGUCUUCCACCUCGAGAGGAGAAACAGACGGAGCCGGGAGAAUGGUAGGAGAGUUGUUGGGGAGAGCGUUUGAAGGUGUGACAACUUCUCUUGGGAGGUUGUUGGAAAGGAAAGUUGCCGUUGAGAUACCCGACGUGCUGGACGAUUACGUCCACCUCUUCCUCUCAUACCUCAUCCACCUUCCGCCAAUCCUAGCUUCCCCUUUGCUUCCCCUCGCACUCUCGCAUACCCUUCAAGCUCUUACUUGUCCAGCGACAAGCAUCAUUCUCACUUCGCUCGACGUCCUCGCCCUUCUUUCUUCCCAUCUAUCCCCUUCCCCUUCCCCGUCCGCCACGUCCACUUCCUCCUCUCGCCCAUCGACGCCGAAAAACCCAACAGCAGUCCGCCCGAUGUUCGCUCAGUACGCCCGCCCCACACUCUCCCUCCUCCUUAAGGGCCUCAUUGCCGAUUUCCCGGAUGAAGCUUCCGAACCCAUCGGCCAAGUCCUCGUGCAUUUUGCGAUAGCGUUUGGUGGUAGUGGGGGGGAGAUGGAGGCGUGGGUGAGGGAGGCGUUGGCUGGUGUGGGUGGGCAUUUGGUGCUGCCGGCUGAUAAAGAGGCAUUUUUGGGGCAUAUUCAUGAAUGCAUCGCCAACGGUCAGCCGGAAAAGAUCAAGUACGCUUUACACGGUUUGUUAAGAGCUGCAAGGCGGAUGAGAGAGAGAGGAAGACAGAGUAGGAAAAGUCUUGGAGCGGUAUAAUUCUGCAACCCAGAAUCCCUUAUCUUCUUCGCUUCGGACUCUGCGCAUGCUCGCUUGUAUCCGGGGUUGUGUGCUGGGAUCGAGUUGGGGAGAGAUUAUGGGUGUCAGACAGAGGGAAAAGGGGGAAAGGGGGAAUGGGGAAUGGGGGAGCACGGAUAGACGGUAAUAGGACAAAAAAAAAUCAGUGGAGUGUAGAAUAAAGAAAUCAACUUUCCAGAUAUCUCUUUUUAGCAAUCAGCAUGGGUGGAUGGUAAUAAGCAUGGACAGAUGGUACUUUUGUCAUAAUCUUGGGCUGGUUAGAGCCUGGUGAGGGGAGGAGGGAUAUAGAAUGUCGAGCAGGGAGGGAGAGGAAGAGGAAAAUGCAUGCA